CCCUCCUCUCAAUCUCCUAUCACAGGUAAAGGGGAGCUGCCAUGUUGGCCUCCUCCAUCCCUCCGUCACUCCUCCCCCUCCUCCUCCUCCUCCUCCCGCCCCCCUCCCUCCCUGCUGAAUACACACGGACCUCUGACCCCCCUAUGAGGAGUCUAAAGCUCCAGGGUGCUCCCCUCUCUCACUUGGUGCUGGACUCGAGGGCGGGGCAUCUGUAUGUGGGCGGGGUCGACCACCUGUAUCAGCUCACCUCUGACCUGGAAGUGAUGUCACACGUGAGGACCGGGCCUCACUUGGAUUCCCCCGACUGCCUACCCCCGAUCGUCCCCCAGGACUGCCCCUCGGCCACGCCCACUCACAACCACAACAAGCUGCUACUGAUGGAGGCGGGGCAGGGGGCGGGGCCUGGCAGUCUGAUCAUUUGUGGGUCGCUCUAUCAGGGGAUCUGCGACAAAAGGAGUCUGUCUAACAUCUCUCAGCUCAUCUACACGACCUCUAACCCCGUCGACACGCAGUACGUUGCCGCUAACGACCCACGAGUCUCCACUGUUGCCGUGGUGAUAACCACAGAAAACAAACAGGAGGGGGGCGGGGCAGGUAGCGCCCUGCGUUUGAUGCUGGUUGGUCGAGGUUACACCAGCAAAGGUCCCGGUGACAUCCCACCAAUCACGACUCGGCGUCUCUUCCCCGUGGUCCCGCCCCGUCGAGCGUUCUCUCAGGAGGAGGAGCUCGGGAAACUGGUCGUGGGCAGCUACUCCGAGUACAACAACCACUUUGUGAAGGCCGUCUCCCACGGCAACCACGUGUACUUCCUGUUUUCUCGGCGGGACAUGUGGCACAAGAAGGAGUACCGGACUUACGCGUCACGCCUCUGCAUCUCCGACCGCAGCUUCUACUCGUACGUCGAGGUGCCGCUGCAGUGCGGCGCAGGCUACAACCUGGCUCAGGGGGCGUGGCUAGGAAACCACUCAGGUGAGCCCGCCCUGUUUGUAGUCAUGGCAGCAGGUCAAGCGUCCACGCCUGUAGCAACGGCUCGCUCAGCGCUCUGUGUUUAUGGGAUGUCGGAGCUGGACGCCAUGCUGAGGAGAGCGCAGGAAGUGUGUUACACCAACGGAGGACAGGGGAGCGGCGGACAGGAAGAGGCGUACAUCGAGUACGCCGUGUCGUCCAAGUGUCUGAAGCUGCCCAAGGACUCUCUCUCAGAGUACCCCUGUGGAGGGGAACACACCCCCAACCCCAUUGCCAGCGCUGUGCCACUCCCCGCCACGCCCACCUUCACCUCAACCACCCAGCUGACUGCUGUCACCACGGCAACAGAGGCGGGUCACACCAUUGCCUUCCUGGGAGACAGAGAGGGACGACUGCGCAAGGUGUUGGUGCGUCCUGAUUGGUCGGGUGAUCUGUACGGCAGCGUGAUGGUGGACAGCGGCAACAGUGUCAGCGCUGAUCUCCUAUUGGACGAGAGCCAGCAGCACGUUUAUGUUUUGACCAACAGCAGGCUGUCGAAGGUUCCUGUGUCGUCCUGUGAGAGACAGACAGAUUGUGGAGCCUGUCUGUCUCUCAGAGAUCCGUACUGUGGCUGGUGUGUCCUGGAGGGCAGAUGUUCUCGUAAACAUGCGUGUCCACGUCACACGCAGCCCAACCAUUGGCUCUGGAGCUUUGAACCGACCAAUCAGUGUGUGACGGUGACGAGCCUGCAGCCUGCCAAUCAGAGCAAAGACGAGCAGACUCAGGUAACGCUGUCAGUCAUUCAGCUCCCCGCCCUGACGAAGGCGGAGUCUCUGUCCUGUGUGUUUGGGCUCCUCCCACCACAACUAGCCAUCGUAGUUGGGACCAGCAUCACCUGUCAAUCACCUGCUCCAGAGCUCCUCCCCCCUAUGUCAACAGGAAGUGAUCACAUGAUCCUGCCCGUGUCUUUGAGGUUUGGUCAUGUGACCAUCACCACAGGAAACAUGACCUUCUACGAUUGUGGCGCCGUGAGCCGCCUCAACCAGACCUCCCAGUGUUUGGCGUGUGUCAGCAGUGUGUGGAGAUGUAACUGGUGUCCUCUGGAUCAAAUCUGCACUCACAACCAGAGCUGCUACAACCAACACAUCAUCCUCAACCAGAGAGACUCUCCUGGCCUGUCUUCCUGUCCUCUGGUUUUUGCUCUGCAGAGUUCUUCCUUGGUGCCGUUGGGUCUGAGCAGCUCUGUGGUUCUUCAGGGACGCAACCUGGACGUGUUCACUGAUGAAGCUCAGUAUGUGUGUGUUGUAGAAGUUGAAGGAGUCCAGUUGAACUUGACGGCUGUUGUGGAAGAAGCCAACGACAACACACAAACCUUUACCUGCAGCUCACACCAGUUUCAGUUUGCUGUCACUCAGCUGCAGUACUCUGCACCUGUCUACCUGCGCAGAGGAGAGCGACGCAUAGACGCUGCACCUGGCCUCCGACUCCACCUGUAUGACUGCUCAGCCGGCCAAUCAGAUUGCUCACAGUGCCGGGCGGUGCCACCCGAGUACGGCUGUGUGUGGUGCCCAGGAAGCUCCGCCCCCAGCUGUGUUUACAACCAAUCCUGUAGCAGCGUACCUGCAGACACCUGUCCACCUCCUCUCAUCACACAGGUGUUACCUGUGUCCGGUCCUCUGGAGGGCGGAGUCCUGGUGACGAUCACAGGAUCCAACCUCGGCAUGAGUUACCAGGAUGUGGUGGGCGCGGUCACCGUGGCAGGUGUUCAGUGUCGGCCCGUGCACGAAGGGUACAAAAUCUCCACACGGGUGGUUUGUGAGCUGCAGCCCAGCGGGAGGCAGAGGGCGGGGCCUGUCCUGGUUACCGUGGGAACGACCCCACCUGGGAAGUCUGUGCAGAUCUUCACCUAUCAGGACCCUCAGCUGCUGGAUCUAGUUCCUGAUAAAGGUCCGGUCUCCGGAGGAAGCCGAUUGACCAUCAGAGGGCGUCAGCUACUCACCGGAUCCAGGAAGGACCUGAGCGCCUACCUGGGCCCCCAGCCCUGCUACAUUGUGGAGGAGGUCAAUGACACCCAGUUGGUGUGUCAGACUGGUUCCAUUAAUCAGACGGGGGGUGUUCCGGUCCGCGUGUUUUUCGGGAAGGCCGAGAGAACAGUUCCAGGCGUUUCCUUCCGUUACCUUGACGACCCCGUCAUCACGGACGUCACGCCAGCAGAGAGCUUCUACGCAGGCGGGCGAGUUGUCAUGGUGACGGGCAGGAACCUGGACGUGGUGCAGAAGCCAAUCAUAGCGGUGUGGGUGGAGCCUGUGGACGUCCAGAGGGUGAGACGGAGGAGACGAUUGGCUCUGCUCAAGGCCAGGCAGCAGCUGGUCUUCAACAGCACCAUGACAACGGUGUUGGAGCACUGCAAAGUCCAGUCUCCCUCUGAGAUGAGCUGUCUCACCCCCACGGUGUCUCCUGAGGUCAAAGUGAAGGGUGUCUGGUUUCAGCUGGACAACGUCAGAGUACACUACGAGAGCAUCAAGGGUAAGAGGUUCACGUAUUAUCCGAACCCGGAGUUUUUCCCUCUGAAUCGUGAAGCUCCAGAUUCUCCGUAUCGUUUCAAACCUGGAGGCGUGAUCGCUGUGGAGGGUCAGGACCUGAUCAGAGCCAUCUCCAGACAGGAAGUGACGGCUCGUCUGGGGGAUCAGGAGUGUGAGGUGAAGACUCUGGACAACACUCACCUGUACUGCGAACCUCCAGAGAGCCAACCGCUGAGCGUGGACGACAGCGAGCUGCCCAGCCUCAAGGUGUUCAUGGGGAACCUGCAGGUGGAUCUGGGAUUGGUCCAGUACGACAGUGACUCUCUGAUUUCUCCCGUCCCAUUGACUGCUCAGAUCGGUUUGGGGGCGGGAGCAGCUGUCAUCAUCCUGUCAGUGCUGGUCGUCAUCCUGAUGUACAGGAGGAAGAGUAAACAGGCUCUUAGAGAUUAUAAGAAGGUUUUGCUGCAGUUGGAAACUCUGGAGAUCAACGUGGGAGAUCAAUGCCGCAAAGAGUUCACAGACCUGAUGACGGAGAUGAUGGACCUGAGCAGUGAUGUCGGAGGACCAGGGCUCCCCCUGCUGGACUACAAGACAUACGCAGAGAGAGUCUUCUUUCCUGGUCAGCAGGUGGCGCCGCUGAGCCGCCAGCUGGACCUGCCAGAGUCCAGGAGGCAGACUGUGGAGCAGGGCCUUCAGCAGCUCAACAACCUGCUCAACAACAGACUCUUCCUGACCCGGUUCAUCCACACUCUGGAGGCUCAGCAGGGGUUCUCUCAGAGGGACCGAGGUUACGUGGCCAGCCUGCUCACCAUAGCCUUGCACGACAAACUUGAGUACUUCACUGAGGUCAUGAAGAGUCUCCUGCAGGACCUGGUCCAGCAGUACGUCGCCAAGAACCCCAAACUCAUGCUGCGCCGGACAGAGACGGUGGUAGAGAAGAUGUUGACCAACUGGAUGUCGAUCUGCCUCUACUCCUUUCUGAAGGAAGUGGCAGGGGAGCCUCUCUACAUGCUCUACAGAGCCAUAAAGUAUCAGGUGGAUAAAGGGCCCGUGGACGCCGUGACGGGCAAAGCCAAACGAACUCUGAACGACAGUCACCUGCUGCGAGAGGACAUCGACUACAGCGCCGUGAAUCUGACAGUGUUGGUGAAGAAUGGAGUCGAGGUUCAACCGUGUCCUGUGAAGGUGCUCGACACAGACACGAUCACACAGGUGAAGGAUAAGAUCAUGGAUCAGGUCUACAGAGGAGCCCCGUUUUCUCAAAGACCAGCAGCAGACAGUCUGGACCUGGAGUGGCGUUCAGGCCAGGCGGGUCACCUGACCCUCUCGGAUGAUGAUGUCACAGCAGUGGUUCAAGGUCGCUGGAAACGACUGAACACUCUGCAGCACUACAAGGUUCCAGACGGAGCCACGGUCGCUCUGAUUCCUCGUUCUCAGAGCUCAGGUGGAGUCGGGGUCAACCAGGUGUUCCAGACCGGAGAGAAAACGCCGAUGCUGGAGGGCGAGGAGGAGGAGGGUCUGCGCCUGUGGCACCUGGUGAAGAGCAGCGAAGAUCCUGAGAUCCCCAAACACAGAAAGAGCAGCAUGAGGGAGAGAGAGAGGGCCAAGGCCAUACCUGAGAUCUACCUGACCCGACUGCUGUCCAUGAAGGGGACUCUGCAGAAGUUUGUGGACGAUGUCUUUGUGGCGAUCCUCAGCACCAAGCGUCCCCCGCCAAUCGCGGUCAGGUUCUUCUUCGACUUCCUGGACGACAUGGCGGACAAACAUGGCAUCGACGACCCCGAGACGGUACACAUCUGGAAGACCAACAGUCUCCCUCUCAGGUUCUGGGUGAACAUCCUGAAGAACCCUCAGUUUGUUCUGGACGUCCAGGUGACGGACAGCAUCGACGCCGUCCUGUCCGUCAUCGCUCAGACCUUCAUCGACUCCUGCACCACCUCCGAGCACAAAGUGGGACGGGACUCUCCUGUGAACAAGCUGCUGUAUGCCAGAGAGAUCCCCCGGUACAAACAGCUGGUGGAGAGGUAUUACAGUGAUAUCCACAGUGCUGCUUCAGGCUGUUAUCAGGAGAUGAACUCGACUCUGACUGAACUGUCCGGGAGUUUUGCCUCAGAGAUGAACAGUCUUGUGGCUCUACAUGAACUCUACAAGUACAUCAAUAAAUAUUAUGACCAGAUCAUCAUGUCUCUGGAGGAGGACAGUUCGGGUCAGAAGAUGCAGUUGGCGUAUCGUCUGCAGCAAGUCGCCGCCCUGGUGGAGAACAAGGUCACUGACCUUUAAUGUCGCUGCUGACCUCAAAGUGUGAGGAAGAGAAGGAUGAAGACAGUCUUCCUGCUGAGUGUGUGUGUGUGUGUGUGUGUGUGUGUGUGUGUGUGUGUGUGUGUGUGUGUGUGUGUGUGUGUGUGUGUGUGUGUGUGUGUGUGUGUGUGUGUGUGUGUGUGUGUGUGUGUGUG